AUCACACAAAUACAGGGGAGUGAAGCAGCUCAGGGAACACAGACACAGAGACAGUACUGGGGAGACAAGUGACCGGGAGAUACAGACUACAACAUUUACAGCAACAGUGAUACUCCAGGUUUCCUGGUGAAGCUCCAGCCUGCCCUGAACACCAUGGAUGUUGUGUUCACCCCUCUAGACUGUCUGCUUGAUCCAGGAAAGCAGAACAUCUGUCUGGUGAUCCUCAAUCAGCCUUUGGAUGAAGACGUCCUGCACCUCCUGUGGCGUAAAGCUACGCUGCGGGCUUGUGCGGACGGAGGGGCCAACCACCUGUACCGCCUCACCGCGGGAAAACGAGACAGUUUUCUGCCAGACUACAUCAGCGGGGAUUUUGAUUCCAUUGCCCCCGAAGUCAAAGAGUUUUACACGGAGAAGAAAUGCGAGCUGAUAGAGACGCCCGACCAGGACCUGACCGACUUCACCAAGUGCCUGGAGAUCAUGGUGGAGGAGAUUAAGAAGCGAGGCCUGCGGGUGGACACCAUAGUGACCCUGGGGGGGCUGGGGGGCCGGUUUGACCAGAUAAUGGCCUCCGUGGAGACACUCUUCCAUGCCCAGAAGAUGACCGAGUUGCCGGUCGUGGUGAUCCAGGGUUCUUCGCUGGUCUUUCUGCUCCGAGCGGGGAGGCGGCACACGCUGAACGUGGACACCGGCCUGGAGGGGCCCUGGUGCAGCCUCGUCCCCGCGGGGUGUCCCUGCCUCACCAGCACCACCGGGCUCAAGUGGAACCUGGAGAAGCAGCUGCUGCAGUUUGGCACGCUGGUGAGCACGAGCAACGCUUACGAAGAGCACGACCCGGCAGAGGGGAGGAAGCCUGUGACCGUGUGGACCGACCAGCCGCUGGUCUGGAGCAUGGGGAUACGCCGGAAAUGAGCGUUACAGCGACGGCGCCUUUCUGUAGGCCGACUUGGAAGUGCCUUCCGCCAUUUGCGUGCCAUGCAUCUUUGUCACCUUUCUCACCCUUGAUCAGUUUGCAUCCCUGUAGACAUCCCCUGCCCACUUCACACCAACACAUUGCAGUCAGCCGUGUAGUUCCUGGUGCUAAAAAUCAUCCAAGUGAUCUGAAUGAUAGUGCACCAUCCCAACCAAUACUAAAAGUAUUUCCUAAACUAAUGUUUAGUCAGACAUCUUGUUCGUUUAAUCCAAGCUGGUACCGAAAACAUUAGGAAAACAGCUCAGCACUGUAGUGUAGCCCACUGUGAAAAGGUGCCCAGCCCGAAUUUCUAAUUGCCCCCCCAAAUCUGAGCAGUCUAGAGAUCUGGGCCUGGUCUGUGGUUAACGCAAUCCUAAGAGAGUUUCACGUUUUGUUCUAUGAGACAAAUUACACCCAUUAAUUACUCAACUAUGAAUUCCGAAGCGGUUAAAGAAGCGGGCUUGCUAACAAUUUGCUAUAUUGAAACUGCAACAACUGUCGUAUUCAGGCAACCGCCACUCAAGGCAACUUGCACGUGACAACCGGUGGGCUGGUAAGGAAACUGGAGUUGGCGGUUGCCUGAAUACGACCAUUGUGGUAGUUUCAUUAUAGCAUCUUGUUAACUUACUUUAUGAAAACAGGUAACGGUUUCGAAAUUUACCGUUGAGCUAUUAAUGGGUGUAAUUUCUCGUAUAAACAUGAAACUCUCUCAGGCUUACGUUAGCCACAGACCUUAUUUUCUGCAGAAAUCAAAAUCCCUAUUGAGGAAAAAAGAAUUGGAAAUCUGCCGAGGGAACCCAUGGUUGAAAAAUGCGAACUCACUUUCGUGUUUUAGGACUGCAAACUGUAACACCCUGUAGCGCAAGGACCUCUCCGGGCUCUCAAAGGGACCCGCCCCCUUCAGAUCACUCGUGCCUUCAGUCGCCUUAACGGUCGCCGCUACUGACGGAUCCAUGCUCGUUUGCUCCAUUCAUUCAGCCAUUUAUUUAUAAACACAGUCAAAUACAAAAUGUACAAUGCAUGUUAAAAAUCACAAAGCACAUCAGUCCAUUCGGAUCGGGUUUGCGUAGUGUCCGUCGGGCAUCGGGAUUGAGAUUCAGCCGCCACUGGAAUAAAUAAAAAAAAAAAGCACUUAAGUCAAAAGACUUACAUCAGGGAACUAUUGACUAUACAGUAUAUUAGAUUUGAUCAUAGUUUUUGCUAGAUUUAACUUCCAAAGGUUUAUCUAGAUUUACUGAUUUAAUGUGAUCUUUGCAUAUUUAAAAAUGGGUGAUGUUUGAUUACAGAAGGCAUUCUAUGAAUAUAACCAUGAACAAGGCCAAUUGUAAUGUCCAGAAGAAAGGCAUAAACUGUGGUUAUAUCGGGAAGGAAGUGGAAGUGUGUGCUGCAGGUCCAGAGUAUGUUUCAUAGGCUCAGAACUACAUCUCCCAUCUGCCCCUUGCAAACGUGAUCUAUUAAGAUCUAAUUUAUUCACCUGGUAAAGUGAGGCUACGCUACAGCUAAAUCUGACCGGCGGCAAUCUUGCAUCGUAUUACCAUUCUGAUGGCCUACAUGCCACAGAAAAAAACAGCGCAAGAGGGACGUGUCACUGACUUGGUGACAAGACGAUACAAUGAUCUCCAUUUGAAAUUACAGCGUGACCAUUUUAAUUUCCUUGACUACCAGUUACGUGUAUCACAAGAAAAAUAAAUUGCAGGGUUUUGCCAGCGUCAACUGCCGGCUCAGAAUGACAAUCAGCACCCGCUUCAUUACAUUGUGCAUCUUAACAAAAAUGCACUGAAAUGGGUUUUGGUUCCUAAUCUUUGACAGGCCACGAGAAAGCAUAUAAUUAGUUUUGCUUUAGUUGUAGCUGAAUGACAAGGCUACUCUGAGGUCCAAGAGAUGCCAGCUCUAGAGGUAUAAUGGAGAAUUUAAGUGAAGGAUAAACAUCCACUUACAGUAGUUGCCUUGUUCCCUCAAUUGAUUGCUUAGUGACCCUCCAUCAUUGGAUGCAAGGCUUCAGUGUAAACUUUGAAAUUGACCUGAUAAGUUUUUCCUAUUACAAGCUUACCCUCUGGACCCAACCGUAAAUGUAAACCUGGAUCUGAUUGAUUGUGUAUUCACGGCUCCCAAAUACCGAUAUAGCCACUACAGUGUGCAUCUUCUGGAUAAAUACUGUAAUCGAUCGAGUGGAAAGAAAAUGGGCAUUUGAAUAAACGUUACUAAUUUUGUUAUUUGA